AUGGAUGAUAGACUAUGUGGAAAAUUUGAUUUUUUGAGGAUGUAUUUACCCGAUGACUUGAACAAAACUACACCACUUGAUUUUUAUGGAAAUCAGAAUUUCAAAAAUUAUUGCCCUAGUGCAAGCUGCAAUACUGAACUAGAAAAAAAUACGAUUGGAUUUUUAUGGUUACUUGGAGAAUGUUAUUCUGCAUUUAAAAAUAAAAGUCAUAAUAUAAAUAGUGUUAAUGCAUUUUUUAUAUAUAUUAUUUCAUGGUUUAGUUACAAAUUAAAUCAAAACAAAGGGAAAAAAUUCACCACAAUAAACGAUUUUUUUACUGAACAUGUAAAAACUAGUGGUAAAUAUGAAAGAUUUAUAAAUGAUGCCUAUAGAAUUGGAGAGCUUAAGGGAUUCAUGGAUGAACGAAAUGAUUUGCUGGAUAUUAAUAUUGAAGAUCUGCAUAAAUUUUAUGAUGCAUCAAAAUUAUUAUGUAAUAUGUAUAUGAAUGCUGAAAAAAAUAAUAAUGAUAGCACACUGUUAAAUGAUGCGAAAGAUUUUGUUAAAAAAUAUACAGACCUCAACGAAAGCAAUAAUAUUGAAGGUACUGCACGUAUUAAAAUAUUGUCUGCUUUAUCAACUGAUUAUAAUAAUUUAAAAAAAAAAUGUACUAACAAAGGUGAUAAAUAUAAAGAUUUUCCAUCCAUUCCAGAGACAAUAGCAAAUAUUUAUGCACUAAAAUCUGGAGAUACAUCAUCAAGUUCGUCGAUAGGAAACAAAUUAUUUACAGUUUUAUCGAUAUUUGUGGCAAUAGCAUUUUUUUUAGGAAUUUCUUAUAAGUAUUCAUUAUUUGGAUUUCGGAAACGAUUUCAAAAACAAAAAUUAGGAGAAAAAAUAAAAAAUAUAAAGAAGAAAAUGAAUCAUUAA